UAUAUUCCAGCUUUUUGACUGCUUUUUAUAUAUUGUAGUUUUCUGAAUUUUGCUACUGUAAGUUUUGUCAUGAACAAUUUGAACAUGAAUUUUCCGCAACAACAGCAGGUGCAACCACAACCUCAGGAGGAUGAGGCUUAUCCUAAAACUUUGUAUGUUGGAAACCUGGACCCGCUUGUUUCUGAAUCAUUGAUAAUGGAGUUGUUUUGUGUGAUUGGACCUUGCAAAAGUUGCAAGAUGAUAACGGAUCCUGCUGGUGGUGAUCCAUACUGCUUUGUUGAGUUCUACGAGCAUAGUCAUGCACUUGCAGCUCAUGGAGCCAUGAACCAAAGAAAGAUCCUUGGAAAAGAAAUUAGAGUGAACUGGGCAACUCGUCCUUCUAACAAAAGAGAUACAAGCAACCAUCACCACAUAUUUGUUGGCGAUUUGGCACCAGAAACAACGUCCGAUGACCUGAAAACUUACUUCAGCAGAAUUGGAAUUGUUUCUGACGCUCGUGUAAUGAGAGAUCUUCAAACCAACAAGUCUAAAGGAUAUGGAUUUGUUUCAUUUGUUAACUACCAGGAUGCACAAGACAUUGUAGAAAAGAAACGAAUUAUUCCUGAUGCUUUACAUGGUCGACAAGUUCGUUGUAACUGGGCUGCAAGGAAGGGAGGUCAAACAGGUGGAAGAACUUUUCAAAAAUUGGAGUUUGCAAAUGUGGUGAAUCAAUCAAGCAAUACAAACUGCACAGUUUACCUUGGUGGAUGUAUGUCUGGUCUAACAGAUCAACUGAUGCGUGAAACAUUUGCUGGAUUUGGGAAUAUUUUGGAAAUUCGAGUCUUCCCGGACAAAGGCUAUUCAUUCAUACGGUUUGACAAUCAUACUGACGCAGCCCAAGCAAUCACAAAUAAGCAUGGUUCAACACUGGAGGGUUAUACAGUCAAGUGUUCCUGGGGAAAAGAAGGAACUAGUUUGGGAAAUUCAAAUAUUACAAACAACUUUACAAAUGGAGUUGGGGGAAUGGACAACAUGCAGAUGAACCAGUGGUCACCUGCAGGUGCUGAUAUGUGGGGGGUUGGUCAACAACAACAACAACAAUCUCAACAAUAUAAUCAAUGGACAACAUGGAGGAACCCAAACCAGCAACAACCACAACAAAACUCAUGGAAUACGUGGGCACCAAAUCAAAUGACUCAAUCCAACAACACAUGGGCCCCACCAAACCAGAUGGGGUCAAAUAACACAUGGACCCCUAAUUCAACCAACCAGCAGCAGAAUAUGAGCGGCCAGCAGGGGCAGGGUAACUCAUGGGGGUGGCCAAGCAUGGGUCACCAGAAUGCUGGGGACGCUUGGGGUUCAAAUGGUGGUGACAGAAUGUGGAAUAACUGGAACUCCCAAGGUUUCGGAAAUCUAACAGCAAACCAAGGUGAUAGUCAACCCAACGGUGCGUCUGGUGCUGGAGACCAAUCUGCUGCCAAUCCUGCUGCUUCCCAAGCAACCAACGGGUUCGGAAUUUAAUUCUUCCCACUUCACCAAUGGGGGGUACCUGUCCUUGUUCAAUUUCUAUUUAGUUUUUCUUGGCAUCCUUAAAAUUUCUUUUCUUUUGAAUAAUGAGUGUUAUUUCCAGUCAAAAUUUCAAGAGAUGCACAUGCCCUUUGUUAUAGGUGUGUUUAAUUUUGUUGAAAAUAGUAAUUCUGAUUUUAUCUGUACACAUUAAUCCUAUGAAAGAUUUACCAAAGCAUAUAAAGGUGCUAUGUAUUAAUGAGCUAUAUCCUAAAAGCACAUAUAGCUUUAAAAUUCCUAUAUACUAGCCUUGUUUACAUUGAGAGAAUUGUACAUAAUCAUGUCGAAAUUUAAUGGCAUAUGUGGUCCCUAUAUCUUUUCCUAUUUGAUAUCUAUUGAGGUUGAAAUUGAUGACAAACCUGAUGAAUUGACAACAUUUUGAUGCUUUCACCGCCACACUGCUAACUAGCCUUUGGUCACGCUUUUUUCUAAUCGACAGCGUGCAUGGGCACCUGUCAUUUCGCUUCACCUAACAGAGCUGCUAACUUUUUACACCGGAUUCAGUAAACAUUCGGCCAAUCUGUAAAUGAAGUUCAUUGUUUGCAUUUUAUCUUGACUUAAUACUUGUUUCGUGCACACGUUUAAUCAUCUAGUUAUUUUGUUAUUUCUUCUUAAUACUACUACAUUUUUAGUUAUAUUCUUUCUACUUCAAAUUUGGCCAAGUUUUAAUUUUGUUUCAUUAGUAAUUAUUUAUUCUUUAUUCAAUUUAGUUUUAGUCGUACACUGUAAUACCCCUUAACAUUUGGUUUUUGUCUUUCAGGUUUUUUCUGACAUGCAAUAUUUUGUUUGUUUAUCAAAAUUUUUCCAAUUUUCAACUUCUUUGCCAUUUACUCAUAUCUAACAAACUCGUGACCCCCAUGCGUAAAAAGCGCUGCGUUCUGAAACAGAUGGUGAACUUUAACACACAUUUCCCUUUUUUUUUACUUUUACUUACUAGUAUUACCUGCAAACAAUCAGCACAGACGAUGUUUUGGUCACGCUUCCAAAUUUUAGUGACCUGGUUAGUGAACUAACUCGAAUUGAUACACAACAAAAUUCAGCAAUGUCAGGCGGUGUUAAGUGAAACUAUUUUAUUUCAAUGCACAUGUGCCUUUGUCUGCUUUGAGAAUUGAACUAAUUUAAUUCUGCAUGGCUUAGACCCUCACAUGAAAAGGCGCUCUUUGAACUUGUUGCUGUUGUCGUGUCAUUCGAGAUAGCAGGCCCGCAAUUAAGAAUACUGCCCAUGUUGAUAUAUAACAUUGUAUAUAAUUAGCUACCGGGACUAGCCCUUUGAAGCUAUCCUUGUAAAAAUGUGCUUAUUGUUUUGCCCAACGUUUUCUAAUCAAGAUUUGAAUUUUAAAAGUUUUUUGUUGCUUUUUUCUUCUUACAAUGCUUCGUUUUGUUUUAAAUUUCUUUUUCAUGUUUUGUUUUGUGUGGUAGUUUGUGUAUUGCGAACCAUAAAAUACCAAAUUGAAUACUGUUCACAGUUGGUUGUUUGUUUUAAUAAAAAUAAGAUUGGUGACACUUAAAA